AUGGGGAACUUGAGAAAUUUAACGACCCUUUAUCUCUUUGAGAACCAACUUUCAGGCUAUAUUCCUCAAGAAAUUGGGUUGUUAACAUCUCUUACUGUUUUGCAAUUAUACACAAAUAAUCUCACUGGCCAAAUCCCAACUUCAAUUGGGAACUUGCAAGUUUUAACAACCCUAUAUCUCACUCGGAACCAACUUUCAGGCAACAUUCCCCAAGAAAUUGGACGGUUAACCUCUCUUGUUAAUUUGGGAUUGGGUUCAAAUAAUUUCACAGGUCAAAUUCCUACUUCAAUUGGAAACUUGCAAAAGUUAACAACCCUUUAUCUAUGGGGGAACAAACUUUCAGGCCACAUUCCUCAAGAAAUUUGGAUGUUAAAGUCUCUUGUUAAUUUGGAAUUAUCCUCAAAUAAUCUCAUAGGUCAAAUCUCUACUUUAAUUGGGAACUUGAGAAAUUUAACGACCCUUUAUCUCUUUGAGAACCAACUUUCAGGCUAUAUUCCUCAAGAAAUUGGGUUGUUAACAUCUCUUACUGUUUUGCAAUUAUACACAAAUAAUCUCACUGGCCAAAUUCCAACUUCAAUUGGGAACUUGCAAGUUUUAACAACCCUAUAUCUCACUCGGAACCAACUUUCAGGCAACAUUCCCCAAGAAAUUGGAUGGUUAACGUCUCUUGUUAAUUUGGGAUUGGGUUCAAAUAAUCUCACAAGUCAAAUCCCUACUUCAAUUGGAAACUUGCAAAAGUUAACAACCCUUUAUCUAUGGGGGAACAAACUUUCAGGCCACAUUCCUCAAGAAAUUGGGUUGUUAACAUCUCUUGUUGAUUUGGAUUUGAGCUCAAAUAAUCUCGAAGGUCAAAUUCCUACUUCAAUUGGGAACUUACGAAGCUUAUCAAUUCUAUAUCUAUUUGAAAAUCAACUUUCAGGUCAAAUUCCUCAAGAAAUUGGAUUGUUAACUUUUCUUGUUGAUUUGGAAUUGGACUCAAAUAAUCUCAAAGGUCAAAUCCCUACUUCAAUUGGAAACCUGUGGAAAUUAACAAAUUUGUUUCUCAGGAAUAAUGAACUGAAUGGCAGCAUUCCUUCAGAGUUAAAUAACCUGACUCUCUUAGCUAAAUUUGAUUUAUCAGAUAAUCACCUCACUGGUGUUUUGCCUGGAAAUUUGUGCAUUGGUAAUUCACUGAAACAUUUGGCUGUCAAAAACAAUGAGUUUAUAGGAAAGAUUCCCAAAACACUGAAAAAUUGCACCUCUCUUCUCAGAGUACAUCUUGAAAACAAUCAAUUCUCAGGAGACAUCUUUGAAGAUUUCGGAAUUUAUCCUGAGCUAAACUACAUUAAUUUGAGUAACAAUUCUUUCUACGGCCAUCUAUCUUCUAAUUGGGGAAAUUGCCCAAAACUUGGUGCUUUGAAGAUUUCAACGAACAGAAUUUCUGGGAAACUCCCACCAAAUCUUAGCAAUGCUUCUCAAAUUGGUUUUAUUGAUCUCUCAUCAAAUCAACUAGUUGGAAAGAUUCCUAAGACAUAG